CCUCACGCUAUAUACUGUACUCUCGCUAUGAUCUGUUGUGUGGUUCACAUGUCCCGACUUUACACAGUAUCAUAACGGCAUGUAUUAUCUGACCACUGUCCAACAUGGACAAUAACUACAACUGCAGAAAAAUCAAUAGCAUGACAGCCGUUAGUCGCCAGUAUUACUGGCUAGUGUACCUUCCGAUCGACUAUUGAGCAAUCGAAAACUGAAUUCACGACACACUUUAUCAAGCGGAUUCAUCAUGGAAUUAGUUUUUCUUGUUUUAAGUGCACUCUUGAGCUGUAUAAUGAUAUGGAAAGGAAUCGCCAUCAUCCAAACCUACAGAAUGUAUAUUAAUUUAUAUAAUUCCGAGAAGGUCAUGUCCAUAGGAAGAUUUCACCCUAUCUGGGGUCAUCUACACUUGAUACCAGAAUUUUCCGAUUACGUACGUUUAGUGAAGACAGGUAUCCAGGAGACCGGUAAAAAGAUCAGUGGGGUGUGGCUAAUGUUCUUCUUCCCAAUACUGACCACGUGUCACCCCGAUACAGCCAAGGUUCUGCUGAGAUCAUCUGAACCUAAACCAAAGCGGUUUGGAGAGGCUUAUUACACCAUAACACCAUGGUUAGGUGAUGGAUUGGUUUUAAGUAACGGUCGUAAGUGGGAGAGAAAUAGACGCCUGCUGACACCUGCCUUCCACUUUGAUGUACUCAAGCCCUAUGUAGAUCUUUAUAAUGACGUCUUUGACACCUUCCUGAACAUCAUGGAAAAGGCAACAGCUGGCGGUCAAAGUGUAGAGGUACAAGAACCGUACAUACUAGCGGCCCUUGACACCAUGCUGAGAUCAGCAUUUUCAUACGAUUCACGUAUACAGGAACAAAGCAACAAACAGCAUCCGUAUGUUGAGGGCGUAAGACGAUUAACUUACCUUACUACAUACAGAACAUUGAGGCCGUGGUUGUAUCCAGAUUUCCUGUUUAAGUUGUCAGCAGCCGGAAAAGAAUAUUUCUCGCAUACAAAAUAUAUACACGAAUUCGACGAGAAGGUCAUACGCGACAGAAGGACAUCGUUGGAAUCCAAACCACUAGCGUCAGACAAACAUCGACUAGAUUUCCUCGAUAUUCUGCUGACCGCACGAGACGAGCAAGGUGUGGGACUGACUGAUCGUGAGGUCAGGGACGAGGUCGACACAUUUCUCUUUGCUGGUCAUGAUACGACCUCUGCCGCUCUUGGUUGGGCCACAUAUUUGCUUGCACAGAAUCUAGAAGAACAACAGAAGGUAUAUGACGAGGUGAUGCACGUAGUUGGGGACAAACCGGAAGUGGAAUGGUCGGACAUACAGGCUCUACAGAGACUGCCAUUGUUUAUAAAAGAAAGCUUACGGAUGUACACUCCAGUUCCUCUCAUCUCCAGGGUUACAACGCGCGAAACCGAAAUUGACGGAUUGAUAAUUCCGGCAAAUAAUCAAGUCACAAUUCUUAUCGAUGCAAUGAAUCACAGAGAAGAUGUCUGGAAGGACCCUGAGACAUUUCGGCCGGAUCGAUUUCUGGAUGACUCCACUAGAGAUCCGUAUAGCUUUGUACCAUUCUCAGCAGGGCCAAGGAACUGCAUUGGACAGAACUUUGCCAUGAAUGAAAUGAAGGUAGCACUGGCGAAACUAGUAAAAAGAUUUCGUGUGCUUCCGGAUACUGAUCACACGCCUGUACUGUCAUAUGAAGGGAUAUUGCGCUCGAAAACUGGUAUCUGGGUCAAACUGGAACAAAGAAAGUAGAAGGAAGAGUCAUGAUGUGUUGAUAUACAAUAUCAUCUAAGUGUUUACUAGUUACCAUGACAACAACAUUGACAAUUAUGAUGUCAAUUACGGGAUAAUAUUCCCAAAACGACUCAUGUUACAUUCAGUGUAUACAGUGUAGCCUGUUUCAUCCGACUCCCCAUCCCUUUCAGCUUCCGUUUGUGGUCGAACAAAUCGCCUGUUUGAGACACAGUUUGUCAGAAAUAAAACGUUUAAUUAGGUAGAUUAUAUUUGAAAAAUAGGUUUACAGCUGUAGGACAGAUAACACAGGCUGUCCAAGUGUUUAUGUGUUGGAUUAGACAGGUUCCAUUGUUUUUUACUCGAAGUUCACUAUAUCUUUCUUUAUCCUGAUAAUACUCCCAAUUAAAUGUAUCCUAUUACAGACGAGGACGGCCGACCGUGAGGUCUAUAGUGUUCUGACAAAGUUUGAGCCUCGCUAUGCAGAAAAAUUUGGGUUCGAUUCCCAGCUUUCGGCCAUCUUGUUUCAAACCUCUAAACAGGGUAUUAAAACACAAUUAUUUUAUUUAUUUAUUAUCUAUUGACAGCAACCGGUUCAUGCGAUGUGUUAAAUGCAACAAUGCAUGUUUAUACGAGAUAAUAAUUAAAGAUCAGACAAGAAGAUACCUCAGGGAAGUCACAUCUGUUUUGAAUACGUAAUAUAAAUACAAUGUUAUUUUUUAGUUAGAUUUAAAUUUAAUUUUAUGUUUCAACAACAAUACAAUGAAAUAAAUGUUUAUUGAACAAUUGAAUAUUCUAUUACUAGCAUAGAUGAUCUCGUUCAUAUACACGAGUUUUAAAGGUCUGUAUAUUAUUUGUGCUUAUAUUGGUCCCCAAAAUCGUCAAAAAUUACAACAACCGU